CGCCGAUCUUCACCGCGGAGGGGGCGCGCGAAAGGUUUAAUAUAGAGCAGCCGGUCCGGGCGGACCCUAGCCCAUUUGCCCGCCGUCACUACGCGCGAUCGUGUCCGUCCUGUCAACGUUCUGCGACGCCGGAGAAAGGAUCCAUUUCGCGGGUGAUCACGACCUCUCGGUUAAUGAGGCACGAUCGGUGGUGAAGGUGUGCAAAACGUCAAAAACAAAAGCCGAGAUCGUCGCGACGCGAGGUGGAGAUCGUGGACGAACAGAGAGAGAGAGAGAGAGAAAGAAGGGAAGAGAUACGAAGAUCGCGCGCGCUGUUGGGACCCUGCGACGCGCCAGCAUCCAAGACCUGCAUAUCGGUUCGAGAUCGCGAACGGUUCGGACGGGUUUCCGGUGGACCCCUCUCGUCAGGUGUUGAGCUUGGAAGUAGUGUCCGGAGAGAUUCUGUGGGGUGUACCUUUGGGGUUAGUGUUGGGACCCCUCGAGAAGGUCGAAGAGAACGGGAAAGUUGGCACCCUCAAAGUGAAAGGGAAAGGAAGCGUGAAGGUCAAAAAGUGAGAUUUUGGUGAAGAGCAAUACAAAGUGCCUAUUUGAACCAGUGUAGAUCUGGUGAAGAUCGCCGUUGAAGAUCACCAACUGUUUCCGGAGACGGGGAGGGAAGGAUCAUGCUGAGUGGUGCUGCACCUGGCCACAACUGAACAACGACAACCAGCUUCAACAACAAUCACCAGCGAAACAAAAAAACAAAAAACAAGAAGUGUGGAUAUACCAUUGAUGAACGUCUUGUGCAAACGGGAUUCCGCCGUUAGAUGAUCCAGGAUGCUGACGACAGUAACGUUGGUACUGGUUGCGUCCGCCGUUGUGCGGAUAGGCCCCACAGCCGCUCAAACCCCGCAGCCCUCGAAUGACCAAAGUGGCCACCCCAAGCAGUCGCGACAGAUGCUGCUGCCGACGGUGCCACCCGAUAUGUUCUUCCAAACCCUGCCAGCCGACUCAGCCCCACCGCAGGUCGCCGCAGUCCCGACGAUCGCAACCGAUCCAGCAACUUCCGCUCUGCCCAAACCCGCCGGAGCAAACUACGAGCACUCGAUAGCGCUGGGACCGAACAGCAACUACUACGUGUACUACUCGGACAACGUUCAGGGAUCGCAGACUCAGAGGCAACAGCAACCUCAACCGACGUACUCGUACCAGCCACUCGUUGGGUUCCCGGACGAGCGCACCAACCAGGUGAUGUUCAACCCGAACGUGGUCCCGUUCCAGCUGGUGACGCUGGUGCAGCCCACCCUUGACGAUGCCCUGCAGCAGGAGAACGCCACCGAAGAGGCGGCUGCCGAACGAUCGCCGAACUUGAACGAGGAAGGCAUCCAGAAGUUGGUGUCCUCCACGCAAGAUUUGGUCACGAACGAGGACGUUGUUAGUAUAAACAAUGCUGAAGAGGAGAAGAGCGACCAGAAGGAGGAGCUGGUUGCGGUGGAGCCGACGAAGGGAAGCUCUGACUCGGAUAGUGAGACUAGCGAGAGUCACAAGGAACCCAACGUGGCGGACAACCUGGCGAUUCCGACGUUUCAGAACCCCAUUGUGGUAGGGGAAAUGCCGGAAGGAACUUCGCGGAGUCUUCGAUCGGGAGACAAUCUGUUCAAGCAGAUCAACGUGGAGAUCAUCGGGGAGUCUGACGAUCACAACAAAGGUCAGUUUCUUAAGGAGACGAUCUUCUCGAACCAGGUGACGCCGGAACCGUGUGACGAUGACGCCAAGUCAACGCAGGUUAUUGUAAAGCAUGAAGUUACGACGAUUCGACCGGUCACCGUGAAGUUACGAGGAUCAACGGCUUCUCGACUGAGCACCCGCUAUCGUACGACAACGGUGGCUUUGCCUUUAACCACGCCAAAGUCGAUCUCCAAUCAGUAUCUGGCGCCGGUCCAAGCCGGACUGCGCCUGUCAAACACCAACAAUAAGAACAUUGACGAUUGCAUCGAUACGAUCCUGGAGGCGCCGAAGCAAGAUCAAGGAGUUGAGCGAACGGUCGUGGAGGUUCAGAAAAGCAUCAACAUCAAGAACAUUCUGGUAAAUCAGGAGCAACCGAAGCCUCGCAAGCUGGAGUUUGGAACUCGUACGAAUUUGGUUCCCCAACCGAUCGUGAUCGAGAAACCGGUUGAUCGAAUCGUUAAGCAGAACGUCUAUAUUGAGAAGCCGGUGGAUCGAAUAGUCCAACAGCCGGUUUACAUAGAGAAGCCCGUUCCACAGCCGGUGGAUCGAAUUGUGGAGAAGAAGGUCCCGGUUCCUUACCCAGUCGAUCGAAUCGUUGAGAAGCCUGUGCAGACGACGGUCCACGUGCCAUACCCGGUCGAGAAGCACAUCCCGGUGCAUCACUACAUCGAUCGACCCGUUACGAAGACCGUCACCGUUGAGGUUCCGGUUGAAAGAAUCGUAGACCGACCUGUUCCAGUUGAAAAGAUCGUUACCAAAGAGGUUCAAGUGCCGUACCCGGUGACUCAGGUCGUGGAGAAGAUCGUCGAUCGGCCCGUUGAAACCGUCGUCGAGAAGCACGUUGAAGUCCCGGUUCCGGUGACCGUUGAGAAGGUCGUCGAGAAAUUUAUCGAUCGCCCAGUCCCCUACCCAGUCCAGGUGCCCGUUGAAGUUCAAGUUCCCGUACAUUACCCCGUUGAGGUCCCCGUCGGCGUCCCAAUUCCCUACCCCGUAGAAAAGCUAAUCCCAGUCAUUCACGAACAAAAACCAACGCACGCCAUCAUCAAAACGACCACGCACCACACGCACGAUAAGCUCUUUGACUUCCAUAAAUUUUUCGGAGGCAAGAAGAAGCACUACGUCGAGCACAUCUAUCUUAAAGCACCGCUACCGCUGGCCAAACCGCCAUUCCACUACCACAACCCAUCGUACCCCAAGAACGAUCUUCACUUUGGCGCCUCGAUCGCCGCCCCGUCCUACAUCGACGUAGCCCAGGUCAACGUUCUGCCGCACCACUUCGCGGACAAGCCCGCCCCAGCCAAGCCCGUGUACAACCUCCCCCCGUACGGAGACGUCAUCUUUGGUAAACCAUCUUACGCCACGCACUUCAACCACUUUGCUCAGUACCCCCAACCGCUAACCGAUCACUCGCAUUUUGUAGGCAAAUUUACCUACCAGCCGCAACACCAACUGCAACCCCAGAUAUUCCAGCACCAGCACCAACCCCAACAGAUCUUCCGGGACGACUACGUCGGGCCGACGCCCCUGCUCGAGGACCACUGGGCCGUCAAGAGUGACGUCAAGUUCCGGCGGAGUCCCGCGUACGGCAAGAGCCUACGCAUCGAGUACGGGGGCUUCAAGCCACCGCUAGUGCCAUCGCUGGAGAUUGACGAGAACGGAGUGCCGCUGCACAAGGAGGACAACGACAGCGUCAAGUAGUGGGAGGGAGCGGGUGCGGGGGAAGCUAGAAGAGGAAACCAUUGCAUUGAGAGUGUUUUUGGUGAGCGGCAGGGUGGAACCGAGAAGGAUGGACUCUGUGUAGAUAUAUCUGCUGCUGCCACACCUACCAUGCUUAGCCACACGAUUUAUGCUCAUAUUUUAAGGAGAAUCUUGUAUCGUUAGUGCAUAAGUAUUUAUUGUAAUUUUACACGCAUAUCUGGUAAGAAUGUAGAAUGUUUUAUUAUGAAUAAAGGUAGUUGUCUAAA